AUGGGGAGGAGGUGGCAGUGGCACGCCGUCGCCGCGCUUGGCGUCGUCUUAUGCGCCGCCGCCGCCGCCGACCAGGGCCUCUCGCCUGCCGGCGGCGCGGCGGCGCCGGAGGAGGUGGGCGCAGUGCGGCAUUUGACGCAUGAGAGUGACGUCAACUCGUACCACCACGUUUGGCCGCCAAUGAGAUUUGGGUGGCGAAUUGUUGUGGGGUCACUGAUCGGCUUCUUCGGCGCGGCGUUUGGAAGCGUUGGUGGCGUUGGCGGUGGCGGCAUCUUUGUGCCGAUGCUGGCAUUGAUCCUUGGGUUUGAUCCCAAGUCAUCGACUGCGAUGUCGAAGUGUAUGAUCAUGGGCGCAGCCAUUUCAACUGUCUACUACAAUCUAAAGCUGAAGCAUCCGACUUUGGACAUGCCGCUGAUCGACUACGACCUCGCCCUGCUCAUCCAGCCUAUGCUGAUGCUUGGGGUCAGCAUCGGCGUUAUUUUCAAUGUUAUAUUCCCGGACUGGCUGGUCACGGCCCUCCUGAUCAUCCUGUUCCUAGUCACGUCAACUAAGGCCUUUCUAAAGGGCGUUGAGACAUGGAAGAAAGAGACAACAAAGAAAAGGGAGGCUGCAAAAAGGCUGGAGCAAACAUGUCAGGAACCAGAGCAUGCAACAACGAUCCAAACAACACCAGGUGCUGCAGCUGAGGCAAAAACCCCAUCAGCUGAGGCGACAUCAGUUCUGAAGAAUGUCUACUGGAAGGAGUUCGGUCUUCUCGCAUUUGUGUGGGUGGCAUUCCUUGUGCUUCAGAUUGCAAAGAACUACACUGCUUCCUGCUCUGCGUUAUACUGGGUCUUGAAUUCUCUCCAGAUCCCAGUGGCAGUAAGUGUGAGCAUGUACGAAGCGCAUGGACUGAUGAGUGGGAAGAGGGUGUUAUCAUCGAAGGGAAGCCAACAGAGUACCCUGAAACCUCGUCAGCUCUUGGUGUACUGCCUAUUCGGUAUCCUCGCAGGACUCGUUGGUGGUCUUUUAGGUCUUGGGGGUGGCUUCAUCAUGGGGCCACUGUUCUUGGAGCUCGGCAUCCCUCCCCAGGUUUCAAGUGCUACAGCCACAUUUGCAAUGAUGUUCUCGUCUUCCAUGUCGGUUGUUGAAUACUACCUCUUGCGCCGGUUCCCUGUGCCUUAUGCUGCUUACUUCGCCGCUGUGGCAUUCAUCGCCGCCAUAAUCGGCCAGCACGUGGUGAGGAGGCUGAUCAAUUGGUUGGGGCGGGCAUCGCUCAUCAUCUUUAUUUUGGCUUCCAUGAUCUUCAUCAGCGCGCUCUCUCUCGGUGGGGUAGGCAUCUCAGACAUAGUUCACAAGAUGGAGUGGCAUCAGUACAUGGGGUUUGAAGACCUGUGCAAGUAUGGUGCGUAGGAAACAAGCAGGCUUAGGAGUGAAAAUUGAACAGCAUGGUGUUCAAUGCUCCUCUAGCGAAAGUCGAAUCUAAUUCAAGAUGUAAUGGCUUCGAAGAUUCACUUUUAGCAGCAACCAUAUAGAAUAGGCGCGUAACAACUCAAAAGUGAGUCUGUUGACAUACAUAGGUUGUGAUUUGUGAGGAGAUAGAUCAUGUAGUUAACAAACUCUAUCCCUUGCAAUCUUUCUGCUCCGAAUUCUGUUUUCGGGUUAUACUAUUCCUCAUCCGGCAAUUGCCGAGUAUAAAUACAUGUGCAGCCGAACUGUGCCCUGACCGACGCAACACUAAAACCUUCCAGCAUACGAAUUGUUAGGCUAGGCAUUUACAAAAUCUAGCUGCAUCCUACCUCGUCGGGGCUCAGACUCCUGCCAAGUUUGUAACACAUGCCAGCGUUGAAGGAAGUGCACGACGACGAGCACGGGGACGUAUCGAUGUCACACAAAAAGGGAGGCAUGGAAGAGGGUCGGUUUUCUCAGCUUUGUCGAGAUCGCACAGGGCAUGUGAGGAUUAGUGGGACGGCCUCAGGUGCGAGGCGAUGUCGGAGAACAGGGGGUGUACGC